AUGUCGGGAACUCGUGGCGGUCGUGGAUCCUUCCGAUUGCCACUACCACCGGGACCCAUUACCGUCAUCGAGCAACGCCUCAGUCGCAAAACAUCAUCGGCUAACGAACCUCAACAAACGCCGUCGAUAACAAACGCGUACAGGUUUAAGAAGAAGAUGCGUAGGAUAGAAGAAAGAAACAUGAAGCAUGCAACAAUGGCCGCCGCCGACGGUUUAGCCAUAAAACAUUCUAAAGAUACCAACACCAUGAGAAUUGAAGAGCUUCAGAUUAGGUUAGAGGCACAAGAGUUGCAUCUAACUGAAAGAAAAUUUGAACAAGAGUUAGAACAGGCUUUGAAAGCUCAAACUCUAAAAGCUUCUUCUGGAAAGAAGAAUCAGAAGCAAGAAUGGAUAGAGGAGAGGAAUAAUUAUGGUGGUGGUGUUAAAAAGUUAGAACUCUCAAGUUCUGAUAAGAAACAUCAUAAUGUUCAGAAGGGAAAUGAGAAGUUUGACAAGAGAAAGGUUCAGUGCUAUAAUUGCAACAAGUUUGGCCAUUUUGCUGUUGAUGACCGGUCAAACAAGGUUAGAAAAGGUGAAGAAGCCAACAUAGCCAGAGCAUAUUAUAAUGAUGAACCUGUGCUAUUAAUGGAAUUUAAGAAUGUAGGUGGAUCAAUGGUAGACUGA